CGCGGGGUUUCCAUUUCCUCUAUUUCCGCACGCACCCGAACACAGAGAGAAAGACGGACACACACAAGGCUGAAGAAAACGAUGUAAAUGAACAGUAUUGUUGUACCGCAAACACUUUUGCUAGAAUUAAAGUAUUAUUUAUAAGAACAUGCAAUAGCCGUUGUUAGUUCGAAGAGGUGGUGGUAGCAGCCCAUUGUACAGCAGCUGCAACGAGACGAGGUGCAGUGCACACCGCCUCCGCCACAAGUCUAGCCGCUGUCACUUCCAUUUCACUGGUGUAUUUUGGUUCGAUAGGCGAAGCGCGCUGACAAUUUGUCAAUCAGUUGUCGACACUAAAUAGACGGGUUGUGAUCGAUGGCGAACCCAGAACCAGCCCAGCAACAUGUGGAGGAGAAAGCGGAGCAGGUUGACGACGCAGAGUUGGCAUUUAAAGGAAUAAACAUGCUGCUCAACAACGGAUUCAAGGAGAGCAACGAGCUGUUCAGAAAAUACAGGACCCACAGUCCACUGAUGAGUUUCGGAGCCAGUUUUGUCAGCUUCCUGAAUGCCAUGAUGACGUUUGAGGAGGAGAAGAUGCAGAUGGCCUUUGAUGACCUCCGAGCCACUGAGAGACUGUGUGAGAGCGACAAUGCUGGGGUCAUAGAGACCAUCAAAAACAAGAUCAGGAGGAGUGACUCCCAGAGGUCAGGGGUGGCAAUAGUAGACCGCCUCCAGAGACAGAUCAUCGUGGCAGACUGCCAGGUGUACCUCGCUGUCCUCUCCUUCAUCAAACAGGAACUGUCAGCAUACAUCAAAGGAGGCUGGAUUCUCCGCAAAGCCUGGAAGAUGUACAACAAGUGUUAUAGCGACAUCAACCAGCUGCAGGAGUGCAGCAAGAGGAGGUCCUCCGACCAGCAAGGGUCUCCCUCUCCAUCCACUGACAAAGCCAACCACAACCACGCCAUGUCCACGGCCCCAACCCAGAGGACCAAUGGGGUGAGCCCGGAGGCCCUGGAGAGGCUCAAGGGCUCGGUCAGUUUUGGCUAUGGCCUGUUCCACCUGUGCAUCUCCAUGGUACCGCCACACCUGCUGAAGAUCGUCAACCUUCUGGGUUUCCCUGGCGACCGUCACCAGGGGCUGUCCGCCCUCGCGUAUGCCAGUGAAAGUAAGGACAUGAAGGCCCCCCUAGCUACGUUGGCCCUCUUAUGGUACUAUACGGUAGUGCAACCCUUCUUUGCCCUGGACGGCUCAGACACACAGGCCGGCCUGAUGGAGGCGAAGGCUAUCCUCCAGAGGAAGGAGCCUGUAUACCCUAACUCCUCCCUCUUCAUGUUCUUCAAGGGCAGGGUGCAGCGCCUGGAGUGCCAGAUCAACAGUGCCUUGACGUCCUUCCAAAAUGCCUUGGAGUUGGCUACAGACCAGAGGGAGAUCCAGCAUGUGUGUUUGUAUGAAAUAGGGUGGUGCAGCAUGAUCGAGCUGAGGUACAGUGACGCCUACAGGGCCUUUCAGCGUCUGGCGACUGAGUCACGCUGGUCCCAGUGCUACUACGCCUACCUAACUGGAGUGUCCCAGGGAGCAUCAGGAGAUCUGGAGGGGGCUGCAGCUGUCUUCAAGGAUGUGCAUAAGCUUCUAAAACGGAAGAACAAUCAGAUAGAACAGUUCUCUAUGAAGAGGGCAGAGAGGCUAAGGAAACACACCCCAUCCAGAGAGCUGUGUGUCCUGGCUGUGAUUGAGGUGCUUUACCUGUGGAAGGCCCUGCCUAACUGCUCCACCUCUAAGCUGCAGAUCAUGAGCCAAGUUCUGCAGGAACUAGAUGACGUCUCAAUUGCUGGCCUGAAAAACCUGCUUCUUGGUGACAUACACAGAUGCCUUGGCAACAUAAAAGACGCCAUUCAGUGCUUCCAUCUGGCUGCCGGAGAUGAGGUGGGUCGUCAGAACAACUCUUAUGUGCAGCCCUACUCCUGCUACGAGUUGGGCUGUGUCUUACUAGACAGCCCUGAGUCUGAAGUGAAGGGCAGAGCUCUGAUGCUUCAGGCCAAGGAUGACUAUGCUGGCUAUGACUUUGAGAACAGGCUCCAUGUACGCAUCCACUCAGCUCUGGCUUCCAUGAGGAAGGAGGUGGCCCCACCCUGACUGCCCCAUUCCUCCACCAUUCAUCCACCCUAGCUCUGCGUUGAGGGUAGAAGGAGCUGGAAACUACUCCAGAAGCCAUCUUGAUCUUCACAGCACUGUGAUGGUUCACUGCAAUGUUUGUUUCAGUUGACUUAUUUUGUUUGUAUAAUGGAUGUGCCAUCAAGUUUGUAAUGCAUAGUUUACAGUAAGAGUCUCCUAGAGGGAUAGUGCAGACUACUGGAAUGUAAUAGUGCGUUUCAGCCAGAUCAAAUAUGUACAGUAGUUGCUGCUGGGAGGCAAAUGUAACUCUUUACCAGGGAAAAAUAUAUUGGGGGACAAUCUGUCAGUGGGGCUGCAGGUAGUCUAGCGGUUGAGAGCGUUGGGCCAGUAACCGAAAGGUUGCUGGUUCGAAUCCCCUAGCCAACUAGGUAAUACAUCUGUCGACGUG